CGAUGACGUGAGUUGUGCCAUCCGCACGGCCCAGAACUGGAAAAGUCCUGGGCCGGAUGGAUUGCACAACUUCUGGCUAAAGUGGUUCCGAUGCUCGCACUCGCGCUUGGCAGCACAAUUUCAACAAGCCCUCGAGCUUGGUUCUCUUCCACCUUCCUUAACAACUGGUGUCACCUUCCUGCUCUAUAAGUCCGGUAGUACCACGGAAGCGAAGAACUACAGACCCAUCACAUGCUUGCCUACACUAUACAAGCUCCUUACAUCCAUUUUGAGAGCAAAAAUCAACGCGCACAUUGUUGCAAACAAUAUUCUGGCUUCCGCUCAAAAUGGAUGUAGGGUUGGGUCCCGUGGUACUAAAGAGCUCCUCCUUAUAGACAUGACCAUCUGCCAACAAAUCCGACGGAACAGGGGGGCCCUCUCAGCCGCUUGGAUUGACUACAAGAAGGCCUAUGAUUCGGUGCCUCAUUCAUGGUUGGGGAGGGUCUUAGAGUUGUAUAAAGUUGAUGCAGCUUUGAGAGCCUUCCUAAGCACGUGUAUGAGGCAGUGGACCACAGUCCUUCGUCAACCAGGAGGCGGGGAUGACCGCCCUGGCCCGCAGGAUUUUAUAAGGAUUGAGCGAGGAAUCUUUCAGGGCGACAGUCUGAGUCCUCUGUGGUUCUGCCUAGCUCUGAAUCCCCUCAGCACCCUGCUGAAAGAUUUGGGACUAGGUUGCCGGCUUCAGAGAGAGGGUGAAGUCAUUUCUCACCUUCUGUACAUGGAUGACCUCAAAUUAUUUGCACCAAAUAGCCAAGACUUGUUGGAGCUACUGAAAACCACCGAAGUCUUCAGUAAUGCCAUCAACAUGGAAUUUGGUAUCGAUAAAUGUGCGGUUAUGCAUGUACAGCGGGGGAGGGUUGUAAAUUCAACAAAUUUACAACUCUCUGAGACAAUGUCUUUCAGAUCUAUCUCUGAAUCAGAAACCUAUAAAUACCUUGGUAUGUCACAGUCGUUGGGUAUUGAGGAUGAGGGUAUUAGACGGUCGGUGAAGGAGCGCUUUUUCAGUCGGCUCACAAAAGUCCUAAACAGUCUUUUGUCAGGAGGCAACAAAGUGCGCGCCUUCAACGCCUGGGUAAUGCCCCUACUCACAUACUCCUUUGGCAUACUAAGGUGGACUCAGACCGAGCUGGACGCCCUGGAUCGGAGGGUCCGAUCACUGUUCACCACACAUCGUAUGCUACACCCACGCUCGUCAGUUAUGAGAUUGUACAUCCCACGGAAUGGCAGUAGACAGGAACCUCACGCCGCUCUCCUUGGCAAACGAGAACUGGCGCAAACCUGUGGUACUAAGUACUGCGGAUCGCAAGGCGGCAUGGGAGAGUAAGGUGCUACACGGGCGGUUCUACAAGGCCCUCACGGGACCCGAUGUGGACCUGCUCGCGUCGGUGAACUGGUUACGAUUCGGGGACCUCUUCGGAGAAACCGAGGGUUUUGCCUGUGCAAUUGCGGACGAAGUGAUGAUGACGAACAACUAUCGGAAAUAUAUCUUGAAGGACGGUACGGUCGACAUUUGUCGGGCAUGCCGCCGUCCCGGAGAGUCACUCAGGCAUAUCAUUUCCGGGUGUUCUCAUCUUGCUAACGGCGAGUACUUGCACAGACAUAAUCUCGUAGCCAGGAUUAUUCACCAGCAACUUGCUCUUCUAUAUGGCCUUGUGGACCGCGAAGUACCGUACUACAAGUACUUACCUGCGCCUGUUCUCGAGAAUGGUCGUGCCAUGCUCUAUUGGGAUCGAUCUAUCAUCACUGACAGGACUAUUGUAGCCAAUAAGCCUGACAUAGUGAUAAUAGAUCGAUCGCAACGUCGGGCUGUGCUCGUUGACAUCACCAUCCCCCAUGAUGAGAAUCUCGUGAAGGCCGAGAAGGACAAGUCCAGUAAGUACCUAGACUUGGCUCACGAGAUAACCGCCAUGUGGGAUGUUGAUUUGACGAUCAUUGUCCCGAUAGUCGUUUCAGUGAACGGUCUAAUAGCGAAGAGUCUCGACCAACAUCUUGAGAGACUCUCGCUAGGUGGUUGGAUCAAGGGUCAGAUGCAGAAGGCGGUGAUCUUGGACACGGCGCGGAUAGUCCGCCGGUUCCUCUCUCUGCGGCCCUGACCACCGGUAGCUUGGGACUUGCCCCGCUGCUGGCGGCACCCUAGGUUAGGUUUUUUAUAAUGUGUUUAUAUUUAUUUUUUAUC